AAUUGUAACACAUACACACAUACAUAUAUAUAUAUAUAUAUAUGUAUAUAUCUAAAUAGAAAUUAAUUAUCGGAGAAGAAGAAAAGGAGGAAAAAUCCGAUAUCACGAUAAAUGAAAUCGGUAAAACAUAAAUAAUCCCUCUGAAUCAUAGUAAGGCAAAUACGAUCGAAUAAGAUUACGAGGUAGAGCAUUAUGAUUUGGGUUUUUACUUAGUUCUAAACUCCGCCUUUUAUAAACUCGUCUUGUGUUAUGUAUUAGAGUUAGUAUACGUGUGUUAUCGGUCCGUUAUCAUCGCACAACCGUCCCCGUCGAGAAUUCAAUGUGAUGACGAGCGUUAACUAUAUAUAUAUAUAUAUGUAUGUAUGUAUAUGUAUAUAUACGCGUAACGUUAAGUUUACGAGUGUAUGUAAAUACAGCAACACGUGUUACUGCAUUCAAUCCACACACAUGCGCAAACGAAUCUAAACGAGCUCUUCAUAAACCGGCGGGAACACGUUACUCGCGAGUCAGUAUCAUGAUGCCAGUGCUCGGUUGUGAUAGAGCACGUUUUAUAUCGUAUACAAUCUCUUCAAUUUCUUUCUCUUUUCUUUUUUUAAGUCCCCCUUUUUUUUUCUUAUCAUUACUUCAUUCGGCUUUAUUUUCUUUUCGUUUGCACGACUCAACGAGAUAAUUAAAAUCGUUUUGACUUUGGUGAUAUCUUAAAAAAGAAAAAAAAAGAGAAAGAAAGAAAGAAAGAAAGAAAGAAAGAUCACGAGCAAGAAAAUAUGAGGAGUAAUUAUUUGAUCCAUUUUUAAUUGUUCACCGAUUAAAUUGGAUUUAACGAAGAACAAAGGGAGGAGAAAGGAGUAUAACGAGAAAGAAAGAAAGAAAGAAAGAAAAAAAAGGAAGAAGAAGAAGAAAAAAAUAAAUAAAAAGAAGAUCUUAUUUAUUAUCACUCAUGAGAGAGGGAAGGUGUGUUAUUAAUUCGAAGAAAGGAAUAAAAAAGAAAAAAAGGAUAAGUGAUGAGACAACAAUAGAUAACGAAAAAGAAUUUUUACAUACUAUUUUUCAAGAGUAUCAAGAGGAUAAGAAGAGAAGGAACAUUUCUGCAUUAUUAUUAUUGGAUACCACGGACGCGGCCAAUUUCGCCGAUAUGACGAUUCAAUUGUCACCUAUAUGCAACGAAAAUGAUGGAGGACACACAAGGGAAAAUCUUUCUCAACCGAACGGACUCAACCGUCCUUGUGUUAAUAGCGACAAUGAUCUUCGGUGGAGUCGUCAUAAUCUUUGGUUACAUUGUCACCCGGUAUUCAAGAUCCCAUGGCGACGUGGACUCGACAAAAGGUGCUACAGUUCCGGAGAAAGGGAAGCGCAUUGAUUCGAGAAACUCAUUAACAGGAUCGACGACUAAUUCGAGCGUUAAUAAGCGGACGAAAAAUAAAAAGCGCCGAGAAACACAACAAGAAUUCACUCAUUCUUGGGUCGUUGGUACAUUGAAGGGUCAUACCAGUACGAUAUUUAACAUGAGUUUUUCAAGUAAUGGGAAGCUCCUCGCAUCUUGUGGUGAAGAUGGAAUGCAGCCAAACAAGGUGGUCCAGGAAGGAACUGGAGAGUCAUCGUCAAAGUCAUUCUAUCAACGGAACCCGACAUUGGUUAGAUGUUCCCCUCCUGUUACGAUAAAAGAUGACUGGAAUGGUCUAAAUCUUCAUCCUUCUUCUGUUAAUCUAAAUAAUCAUCGUCAUCAUCAUCAUCAUCAUCAUCAUCAUCAUCAUCAUCAUCAUCAUCAACAAUGUGCUUCGAUAAACGCACAAUCCGAAUAUGUGGAACAAAAUAAUCAACAACGGCCAAUUGUUAAUCAACAAAUAGAUACGCAUUAUCAAAAUUCCAAAUUGAGUCCUCAACAACAAAUAUUUUAUAUGCAACAAAUGCAAAUACAUGCUCAAAUGUAUCAUCAUUCCAUAAUGUUGCGGCAAAGAAGAUUGUACGCAUUAUGCCAUACAGGAGUUAAUUACCCAUGGGAUUUGCCGCAAUAUAAGUUUCAUGUUCUUGCCCAACAACAACGGCAAGAUCAACAACGGCUUCAUCAACGGCAAAUGCAUUUGCACUCGCAAAUGCAAAUGGAAAUGCAGCAACGAUAUGUUCAAGAACAAAUGCAAAUUCGGAAGGAACUGAAUAAAAGGAGGGAUGUAAUCCAAAAGAUGAAUGCAUCAUUGAACAACUCAUGUGUAUCGUUCAAUAACUCCAAUGCCUCCUUGAACACUUCUAAUCAAUCAUUGAACAACACGGAUGGUGCUUCUUCAAUGAAAAUCGAGAAAAUGAAUUUAUUUUAUUCCAAUCCAAAUUUUUUCAACAAUCACAUACCCAAUAAUUCAGGAUUCACCUAUCGUUACAUAUUCAGUGCCAAUGACGUUAAUCUUGAAUAUCUGUUACGUACUUAUACUCACCACACGUAUUAUUUGAUAGAGGCCGGUUAUCCGUUCAGCUGGAACUUUGAUUUUAGAAUCAAGAGAUACAUAUAUAAUUUGCACCAAUCGAAAAACACAAAUCGUCCGUUGGACGUUAACGCUAAGGAAUUUGUACCUAACGGUACUUACAAAAAACUCGAAAAUGGCGACAGCGGUAACAAUAGUAGUAAUAAUAGUUCGGACAUGGAACAAGAAAAUCUAUUGGACGACGAAGGACCAAAAAAUUUUAUAAGAUCUGCAUCGUUCUCAACGAACCGUAAGCCAGGAAUCCUUGCUAACAUUGAACAUAUUACACGACAACGUAGAAAUUCUAUCUCAAAUUUGAACGAAUGUUCAUCUAUCGAGACAAGAUGUUCGAGAUGUUUAAAAAGCUUUUAUAUGUAUCAAGCGAACGCAGAUAACACUAUGUGCCAAAAUGAAUGUAUCUAUCAUAACGGUGAACUGAGUUUUCAAAGGAAUGGAAAAUAUAAAAUUUGGACUUGUUGCAAACAAAGAACAAGUUCUCUUGGCUGUACGAGCAAUGAGACGCACGAAUGGAUUGGUUUAAAAAAGAAUUAUAAUGGUCCGUAUGUCGAUUUCGUUCGUACAAUGCCAACAAAGAAAAUCCCAGCAAAUGGCAUUUAUGGGGUUUACGGUAUGGAUUGUGAAAUGGUUAUUACCACGUCUGGUUUCGAACUUGCCAAGAUCACUAUGGUUGAUAUAUGCGGUGUUGUUGUUUACGAUCACUUCGUUAAACCAACGAGCAAAAUUGUCGAUUAUAAUACCAAUUACAGCGGUAUUACGGAGGAAAAUUUGGCAGGUGUUACGAAAACUAUUAAAGAUGUACAACAGGAUCUAUUGAGUUUUGUCAAUGCCGAGACAGUACUUAUAGGUCAUGGCCUUGAAAAUGAUUUACGUGCACUCCAUAUGCUUCACUUCACGGUGAUCGAUACCGCAUUAUUAUUGCGGCACACCUGUGACUUGCCAUACAGGCAUAGUCUUAAAAAGUUAACAAAAUUGUUAUUAUCCAAGGAUAUACAAGAAUCCAGCCACAAUUCCAUUGAGGAUGCUAGAUGCGCCAUUGAUCUCGUAUUGUGGAAAUUAAAAUUUGAUGGCUUAUAAUUUGUGGGGAGUAAAGAAAGGGAUAAAAAAAAGAACAAACAAAAGAGAAAAAGAAAGAAAGAAAGAAGAAGAAGAAGAAGAAGAGGAGGAGGAACAAGAAGAAGAAGAGGAUUUCAACGUUUUGUCGGAAAAAAGAGAGAAAAGAAGAAUAAAUAAAAUAAAAAUAAAUAAAUAAAUAAAUACAAAGAGACGUGAUCGACGAGUGCGAAAGAUCAGAGACAAAGAUAUGUACAUAUUUGUUUUAAUUGUUUGAUAACGGGGAUAUUUUUUUUUUCUUUUAAUUACAUUUGAAUCCUCAAUUUCAUUUUCUUUUUUAUGUAUAUAGAUAUCAGUAAGAAACAUUAUUCUCGAGGUCGAUUCUGUCUACCUCAUUUUUUUUUGUUGUCUCUGGAUCUCUGUCUCUUCUUCAAACAAACGUGUCUUAUUUUAAUGGAUCUCUCUUUCUCUCUCUUUUUUUCUUCUGUUUUUUUUUUUCCGUUUUUUUUUUUUCUUUUUUUUUUUCGAUUCCGCUUUAUUUUUAAUAUCAAACACGUCGACGUCACAUAUAAAAAAUAUCUCUUAUCCGACAGUGUGUUGUUAACUUCCAUAAAAAGAAAUCUGUGAUACUUUUAAUCUUUAACAUAGAUAUUAUAAGAUGCACUCACAUUGAGAAAAUAAUACGUAAUUUUAUAUACCGCAUUAUGGUGGCGUGAAUGUAGUUAUUAAGAAUCUGACGAUUUUCUUUCUUUUUUUUUUUUUUUUUUUUUUUUUUUUUUUUUUUUUCAUUUUAAUUUUUAAGAAAAUU